AUGGGGGAGCAGCUUACCGACGAUCAGAUCUCUGAGUUCAAGGAGGCCUUUAGCUUGUUCGACAAGGAUGGAGACGGUUAGAUUCACUGGGCCUUCACCUGAUGCCCCUUUGCCUUCAUACGGGCUUUUCGACUUUGAUCGAAUUGCUUGUUGAUCUUAUUUUUGUGUGUUGUAUGUACUUUUUUUAGCUGAAUGAUAUGUUUUAUUUUAUUUUUCGAUCUAAUAUGCGUGUUAAUGUUUUUUAUCGUGACCCCGUACUCUUGGGCGGGUUCAAAACCCCAUUGUCUGAUCUCUGACCUAAAAUCUAUUAUUGGCCCGCACUGUUCCUACAGAUCCAGAUCCUUUUGGUCUGUUCCUUUAACCGCCUGUUUGAACGGCCGGGAUUUAGGUGGACUACAUGUGUAAAGCAACGUUUGUUUUGUUGAAUCAAUGUUUGGCUUUGAAUGAUCUUGCUCCGUGAAAGUUUAUUCGAAUUGAGUUUGACAUUUCCUUUUAAAGGUUUUGAGGGUGGAUGUUUCUUCGUGUACAAUCGUGAGUCCGUAGUAUUGUAGUAUCUGUCCUUUUCAUCAACUGUUUGGAUAAAUCAGCCAUCGACAGGGUUUUAUUCUGACUCUUGUGGGACAUUCAUUUGCGGCGAUUGGAUCCAUCGGAAAUAUUUCCGAUAUUUAGUGGAACCGUUAUGUAUUGAUAUCCUUUUCUUUUAUAAUGUCGUGCCCUGCGUUGUCAGGUUAAUUUUGAGAAGGUCAGAAAAAUGUUAGAGUAGCUACGAGACAGAAAGUUUGGUUUUACAGGGUGGAGCUGACUAGUUCUUUCAAGUUUGGCAAGUUAUAAGGGGAGCUCUUGGGGAAUGGCUGGGAGAAAAAACGUAUUGUUUCCUGAUGUUUCUAUGUUUGUUGAAGAAGAAUACGGGCCAGUACCCUACCUCACGGCUGCUGAAGGCUUUUAGAUUCUUCUACCCAUGUUGAUCCGUACGUUAACAAUUUAUAGGGUUGUUAAUGCAUGAUUGAAUGUUUCGACUGACCAAUAAAUUGCAUUUUUUCUAUGAAUAGAGAAUUUCUUCUUGCCUGUGACAUGACCUAAUGCCUCAAGGACGGAACAGAUAUAAUGUUGUAAUGGACACAUAUGUCAAUUAUGGCAUAGCACUGAUCUCCUGAAGAAUUCAUCCCCUCUAGUGUAUGGCUAUUACCAGUGUUUUCCCAAAAUAAAGAUCUUUGUACACCGAUCCACCCCAUUGAGAUCUACUUUCGCUGCAUAUUCGGGUUAAGGAAACCCACGUCAAAAUCCUGUGAAACGAAUACGAAUCCAUUAUAUCAGUGCAAGUUCUGAUUCAGAAAAUAAUGGGAGAGUCAACUCAAAUGCCCUUUUUUCGUUUUUGGUCGAAACAGUGAAUAGUCACUGCGUCAGGAAGCUGGUUCUUUCCAUUCCCUAAUCUGCUAAUGAUCCCGUGUGUCCAUCUAGGUAGUAUAAUCCAACAUGCCCUCUUACUCGAAGCAUCCCUUAGAUCUGAAAACAGUCAGACCAGAAUUAAUUCCGUAUGUUUCACUUUAGACUGUGACUUUUAUCUGAUUUUAUUUUCAAUAUGAGCUGCAUCGAUCCCAAACCCCAAGUGUUACGGUUGAUUUUGAUAAACCCGGUCAACCACCAACGUAACUAGGGAUAUGCACAGAUUAUAUCCAGAUUGCUUCGAAGCCUUGAAUAAUUGCCCUCAUCUUUCUUUUUCUUCUUCUUCUUUUCUUUUCGUGUUCUUUGAAGCUGACCGACUGCUCUGAUCCAAAUAUCGCUGGGAUUGUGAUUAAAAUUUGAGGUCAACGCUCUUGGCUGUUGUUGACCUAUGAGCAAUUGUCUUGCAGGCUGUAUCACCACCAAGGAGCUGGGGACGGUGAUGAGGUCCCUGGGGCAGAACCCGACGGAGGCGGAGCUCCAGGACAUGAUCAACGAGGUGGAUGCAGACGGGAACGGGACGAUCGACUUUCCAGAGUUUUUGAAUCUGAUGGCGAGGAAGAUGAAGGACACCGACUCGGAGGAGGAGCUGAAGGAGGCCUUCCGGGUCUUCGACAAGGACCAGAACGGGUUCAUCUCCGCCGCCGAGCUCCGUCAUGUGAUGACCAACCUCGGUGAGAAGCUCACCGACGAGGAGGUCGACGAGAUGAUCCGCGAGGCCGAUGUCGAUGGCGAUGGCCAGAUCAACUACGAGGAGUUCGUCAAGGUCAUGAUGGCCAAGUGA